GGUCUUGUCAUGCCACGUCCCGACUAACGAGCUCUCGCUUUCCAUGUGCCGCCGCAGGUUCAGCCCGUACGAGUGGUACGACGCUCACCCCUGCAACCCGGGCUCGGACGUCGUGGAGAACAACUUCACCCUCUUGAACAGCUUCUGGUUCGGGAUGGGAGCGCUGAUGCAGCAAGGCUCCGAGCUGAUGCCCAAGGCCCUGUCCACACGGAUCAUCGGUGGGAUCUGGUGGUUCUUCACCCUGAUCAUCAUCUCGUCCUACACGGCCAACCUGGCCGCCUUCCUGACGGUGGAGAGGAUGGAGUCCCCCAUCGACUCGGCGGACGACCUGGCAAAGCAGACAAAAAUAGAGUACGGAGCCGUGAAGGACGGAGCCACCAUGACCUUCUUCAAGAAAUCCAAGAUUUCCACCUUUGAGAAGAUGUGGGCUUUCAUGAGCAGCAAACCCACAGCCCUGGUUAAAAACAACGAGGAGGGGAUCCAGCGGACGCUGACGGCCGACUACGCCCUGCUGAUGGAGUCCACCACCAUCGAGUACAUCACGCAGAGGAACUGCAACCUGACGCAGAUCGGGGGGCUCAUCGACUCCAAGGGCUACGGCAUCGGCACUCCCAUGGGGUCACCGUACAGGGACAAGAUCACCAUCGCCAUCCUCCAGCUGCAGGAGGAGGACAAGCUGCACGUGAUGAAGGAGAAGUGGUGGCGAGGGAACGGUUGCCCCGAGGACGAGAACAAGGAGGCCAGCGCGCUGGGCAUCCAGAACAUCGGGGGCAUCUUCAUCGUGCUGGCUGCGGGGCUGGUGCUGUCGGUGUUCGUGGCCAUGGUGGAGUUCAUCUACAAGCUGCGCAAAACGGCCGAGCGCGAGCAGCGCUCCUUCUGCAGCGCCAUGGCCGACGAGAUCCGGCUGUCGCUCACCUGCCAGCGCCGGGUCAAGCACAAGCCCCAGCCGCCCGUCAUGGUGAAGACGGACGCCGUGAUCAACAUGCACACCUUCAACGACCGCCGGCUGCCGGGCAAGGACAACAUGGGCUGCAACACCGGCUUGACGCCCGUCUUCCCCUAGGGAGCGGGGACAGGGGGGCGGGAGGGAAGGACCUGCAGCGGACGAGGAUGGAUGCGCUCUUAACUGGGGAAGAAAGGAUUAAAAACCAAGAAAA